AUGCGGUUAGUAGUUCAUAAUAUGCUUCAAUGUCACGUUAAAGGUUGCGUUUCCAAUAAUUUCCCGUUACAACUUUUGGAUGUCGAGCUUGAGAUUCAAGAAAUUGAGUUUAAUCCUCGUUUUCUGCAAAACAUGUUGCCAAGACUAGACUGGAGAGCUUUUGUAACCACUGCUGCUCAGAUCGGAAUAACUUCUCUCCCACAAGAUUUACCGGAAGUGUUUGACGAGGAUUUUUUAAAAAAACUUCAUAGAAUAUUGUUUGAAACGCAUAUUGUGCAAGGCAAAAUGAUCUGUGCAAAUUGCUCUCAUGAAUAUCCCGUUAAAGACGGUAUACCGAAUAUGCUACUCAGCGAAGACGAAGCUUAG